UAUACAGAGUAGGUGAACAUGAAGUGUUUUUUAAUUAUUAUUGUAUUUGUGGGGAUUGUGUUUUGUGACGAACGUUCGGCUGUUGAAGACUUGGCUGAAUGGACACUAGAGGAAAUUUCAAGAAGAGAAUCUGACGAUUUGUCUCUAGAAAGACUGGUUGGAUACACCCAGAAAAAAAAUUACAACUCUGCUAAAGCUGGUUACGUGACAAGGAUCUCAAUGGAAAUGGAGGCGGACCGGCGGGGCGGGGAAUUGGUUGAGUGUCAGGCCGACGUUGAUGUGCCUGAGUUUAGCGCAUCUAUGUCGAUCAAACGUUAUGGUUGCAAAGGGGCGGCGUACCAACGAAGGUCGGGAGAGACACCAUGUUCCCCGGAUGAGAUGAAUAAGGUUGGUAACGAAGCGAUAAAGUUGAUGAACCAAGAGGUCAAUGAAUUCAAUAACGAGAUGGGUUCGCUUGGUAUGGAAGAACAACCGGGUUUACAAUCAGGGGAAUACAGCAAACCACAAGUGCAAACAUGCUCGAAUGUGGAAACUGCUGACGGGGUUGAAUACAAAUUGAAAAUGACUGCGAUGCAAGAUAGCCAGACUAUGAAUUGCGACAUCGUUAUAAUUCAAGCAGUGGGUGGGAGUUACCAACUAAACCAGAACCAAUGUCAAGGAAUGAGUUAAAUAUACAUGUUAUAUUUUCCGCGUCGAAAAUUUAUGUACCGAUGAGCAGUAUAUGUGUCUCUGAGAUGUGUAAAUACAAUUAAAUUGACUUUUAA